AUGGCGCUCUGCGCCAAUCCUGAGCGGGUGGCGAUCCAGGAGAAGCUGCCGGAGCCGCCUACGGGCGAUGCUGAGAGCCAGGGGUGGCCGGAGGCGCCGAGGCCAGCGCCAGCCCCCGAGCCGAGCACGCCCGAGCCGAGUGCACCGGCGGAGCCGGGGCUGGCAAGCGCGGCGGCGGAGACGGGGCCGACGGACGCGGUGGCAGAGUCAGGGCCGACGGACGCGGUGGCAGAGACGGGGCCGACGGACAUGACGGCGGAGCCGGAGCCAGCGGAUGCGGCAGCGGAGCUGGGGCCGGCGGAUGCGGCGGUCGAGAAGGGGCCGGCGGAUGCGGCGGCCGAGACAGAGACGCAGCUGCCGCCCGAGCGUCCGGUGCCGUCUGAGCCCGCCCCAAGCACGCAGAGCGCAUGGUAG